GUCUGACGCGCCUGCGACCCGCCUUCCGGAAGGAAUCCCCAGCGGCCAAGUAUGGCGGCCGUCGCGGAGCAGUGGGUGCUGGUGGAGAUGGUACAGGCGCUGUAUGAGGCUCCUGCUUAUCAUCUUAUUUUGGAAGGAAUUUUAAUACUCUGGAUAAUCCGACUUCUUUUUUCUAAAACUUACAAAUUACAAGAACGAUCUGAUCUUACACUCAAGGAAAAGGAAGAACUGAUUGAAGAGUGGCAGCCGGAACCUCUUGUCCCUCCUGUCUCGAAAGACCAUCCUGCUCUCAACUACAACAUCGUUUCAGGCCCUCCGAGCCACAACAUUGUGGUGAACGGAAAAGAAUGCGUCAACUUUGCCUCAUUCAAUUUUCUUGGAUUGCUGGAUAACCCUAGGGUCAAGGCGGCAGCUUUGGCAUCUCUAAAGAAGUACGGUGUGGGGACCUGUGGCCCCAGAGGAUUCUAUGGCACGUUCGAUGUGCACUUGGAUUUGGAAGACCGCCUGGCAAAAUUUAUGAAGACAGAAGAAGCCAUUAUAUACUCGUACGGGUUUGCCACGAUCGCCAGCGCUGUCCCUGCUUACUCCAAGCGAGGGGACAUUGUGUUUGUAGAUAAAGCUGCCUGCUUUGCUAUUCAGAAAGGAUUACAGGCCUCGCGCAGUGACAUUAAGCUGUUUAAGCAUAACGACAUGGACGACCUGGAGCGACUGCUGAAAGAACAGGAGAUUGAAGAUCAAAAGAAUCCACGCAAGGCUCGUGUAACUCGGCGUUUCAUUGUCGUCGAAGGGCUGUACAUGAACACCGGGACCAUUUGCCCGCUUCCGGAAUUGGUUAAAUUAAAAUACAAGUACAAAGCAAGGAUCUUUCUGGAGGAAAGCCUUUCGUUUGGAGUCCUGGGGGAGCAUGGCCGAGGAGUCACGGAACACUUUGGAAUCAAUAUUGAUGAUAUCGACCUGAUCAGUGCCAACAUGGAGAAUUCGCUUGCUUCCAUUGGGGGAUUCUGCUGUGGCAGGUCUUUCGUAAUUGACCAUCAGCGACUCUCUGGCCAGGGGUACUGCUUUUCUGCCUCGUUACCGCCCCUGCUGGCCGCUGCUGCCAUCGAGGCCCUCAACAUCAUGGAAGAGAACCCAGGUAUUUUUGCAGUGUUGAAGGAAAAGUGCAAACGAAUUCAUAAAGCUUUACAAGGCAUCCCUGGAUUGAAGGUGGUGGGGGAGUCCAUCUCGCCAGCAUUUCACCUCCAGCUGGAAGAGAGCACUGGGUCUCGAGAAGAAGAUGUUAAGCUACUUCAGGAAAUUGUCGACCAAUGCAUGGACAGAGGCGUCGCGCUAACUCAGGCGCGCUACUUGGAGAAAGAAGAGAAGCACCUCCCGCCUCCGAGCAUUAGGGUUGUUGUCACGGUGGAACAGACAGAAGAGGAGCUGGAGAAAGCCGCGGCCACCAUCAGUGAGGUGGCCCAGAGCGUGCUGCUUUAGUCCGCGCCCGGGGCCUGGCGGCCGCUCGCCACGCGACACGCAGACCGGCCCCGAGGUCCCUGCGGAGCGAGCCGGAAGGGGGCCUGCGGGCGCUGGACGGGGUGUCGCUAGACGGCGUGGGUGCCAGCUCGUGGUAGGACCCCGAGAAGGGUGCUGGUUACUUUUUAAAAGAAAACACAUCUAAAAGCCCAAGAACUGAUUUUUUUUUUUUUAAGAGGAAAACUGAUGACAGCACACAGCUGAGGUUUAAAUUGUGCACUUAGUACUGUUUAAAUGGUUUACUAGCACUAGCAUUUUAUAUUCUUGCUUUUGUUGUCAUUGUUUAAGAAGCGGAGCAUCAGUUAAUCUUCUUCCCCUUCUAAUAGCAAAGACAGUGCAAGCACCCCGUAAUACUUCACAGAACCGUGUCCACGACGCGAAGGCUUACAGGCGCUGCAGCGUAUGUGAAACAAAGUGUGUUCUUUUGUUUCAAGGUCUAAUUCAGCCACACCUCGUUCAGUCCUCGUCUUGUGAAGCUCAGUGGUGGCUAAUAUAUAAAGGAACACUUUUUGUGUGAUUAUUAUAGACUUUCAUUAUAAUAUAUUUGACUCCUGGAAUUUUUAUAUGCACUAAAUACUGAUGUUACACCGUUUGUAGCAGUGAGUCCUAGCACCCUGACCGGAGGACAGUUGUUUUACUUUCUAAGUGAGCAAUAAUGUAAAUCAAAUACUACUUUAUUUUAAUAUAAUGACCUUUACAUUUAUUAUGUGUUGACUUCUAAUCUGUUUUUGGAAGAGGGUUAUUGUAAUGAUCCCAAAACAGAAACCGUGUCCUUGAUAGUUCAGAAGAUCUUGAACGUACUGUUUUUUUGUAUAGUGGGUUUGCUUAGAGGCACACAACUACAGGCUUUUUCUAAGCUAAGGAAAAACAAGACCUUUAUUUCUUUUCAGCUUAUGAAACUCCAGAUAUCUAAAAAAGAUGUGAAAGCACUAAAAAUAAAAUUUUUAAGCUGUGCUUUAGCUGUUUUUUCGUUAGCAAACCAGGUUAGGUGGUAGAAAUGUGUGUGACACGUGCCACGAGACAGCAGACAAAUGUCAUACUGGUAUUCCUUCUGUUAUUAAAGGUAAAGAAAUAAAAUUGUAAAGAAAAAGAAAAAGUCAUUUUUAUAAUCUAUGUUCAUAUUAACAAAUGGUCUUCACCAUCUUUUUAAAUAACGUAUAUUUUUUAAUGUUUAGUUUCUAUUUUGCUUGAGGUAUUUUGUACGUAUGUGCCUUGUGAUUGCUGCUGCUUUAAAGAAUCCAGUACUCUUUGGGGGAUGGAUCUGUUUUGUUUUUUAAUGAAAUAAACCUACAUUCCUGAUAA